CGAAGGAGCGCGCUUGCCUUCUCCGUCCCUGGGCCGCGCCUGCGUUUGCAUUCGCCUCACUUGAACCAGGAAGCGGCAGAGUCGGAGGCUCCGCUCCUCCGGCUCUUUCUUUGUGUGGGCCGGGGAGUGAAGGAGGGGACGAGCCGCGAGGGCCGCGGCGCGGUCCCCUUCGCCGUUAGGGGCCGAGGGGCUGCCAGUGCCCUGGGUAGGCCCCGGGGCGUGGGGAGCCCAUCACAGAGACCCACUUGGCUUUUCCCUCGCCCCUCUCCCUGCUUUUUUGUGCCUCUUUUACUCCCCCAGCCCCUACUUUGAUUUAGAGCUUUUCUGCCAGGCCCAUCCUCCCCUUCCGUCCCCUUCCCGGGGUACAACAAUGCCGCCUGCUUCGCUUCAUCCCCCCCCACCAACACCCCACCCUGCCGUUCGCCACCUUCUACUUUCCCUGGUACCCCAUAUUCCUCCCGCCCUCACUCUGCUGUUUGUACCUCCAUCUGUAUUUGCAAGAAGCUUGCUUUGCACGUGAAUUGGGGUUAAAAACCUCGGUUGCAGCUGGCAGGGUCCAUAUGGGGAAGAGGGAGGUGGAGGAAGGGAGAUGAGGUUCAGCUGCCGCAGGGAGCCGCGUGUCGGUUUGUUUCACUCCCUCGCGGAUGGCUUUUAUCUCUUUCCACCGUCACCAGCUCCUCCGAACUGGCCCUCGGUCAAGGGUUUCACAGUGAUGUGGAAUGGCUUUUCCACAGUCGAAUCGCAGAUCUUCGGGGUGGGUUCAGACCGACUUGUGCUGUCUCUGGGGCCACCCUGAGUGGGAGGAGGGGGACACAUAAACGAAACGAAACCGAGUCCCAGUGUCACCUGGACACGUACAUUUGACGCAUUCCCAUAUUGGAAGAACCCGUUUGCAAAUGACAAAAAUUGCGUGCCGUUUUCAGAAAACCUGUCUUUCCACUUAAUAUCGACUUCUGUCGAAAUGCCCGUAUUUCGGAAGCCCUGGUUUUUGGCAAACUGUCCAAAGGUCACCCUUUCUGAUGAUGAAUGCCUUUAUGUGUCUGUUGACUUCACUUGGCACUGUUUAACAUUCCACCUCUGGAAAUUGUAAAGAUGGAGAGAUGAGGGGAAGGGACAAGGGGAUGAAGAGGAAAGGGCAUGGAGAGUAGAAAACUGAUUUCUGCUACAGACAUUCAGUACUCUGGCAGUCUGCUGAACUCCUUGAAUGAGCAACGUGGCCAUGGACUCUUCUGUGAUGUUACCGUCAUUGUGGAAGACCGAAAAUUCCGGGCUCACAAGAAUAUUCUUUCAGCUUCUAGUACCUACUUCCAUCAGCUCUUCUCUGUUGCCGGGCAAGUUGUUGAACUGAGCUUUAUAAGAGCAGAGAUCUUUGCAGAAAUUCUCAAUUAUAUCUAUAGUUCUAAAAUUGUUCGUGUUAGAUCAGAUUUGCUUGAUGAGUUAAUUAAAUCAGGGCAGUUAUUAGGAGUGAAAUUUAUAGCAGAGCUUGGUGUCCCAUUGUCACAGGUUAAAAGCAUCUCAGGUGCAGCUCAGGAUGGUAAUACUGAACCUUUACCUCCUGAUUCUGGUGACAAGAACCUUGUAAUACAGAAAUCAAAAGAUGAAGCCCAAGAUAACGGGGCUACUAUAAUGCCUAUUAUAACAGAGUCUUUUUCAUUAUCUGCCGAAGAUUAUGAAAUGAAAAAGAUCAUUGUUACCGAUUCUGAUGAUGAUGAUGAUGAUGUCAUUUUUUGCUCCGAGAUUCUGCCCACAAAGGAGACUUUGCCGAGUAAUAACACAGGGGCACAGGUCCAAUCUAACCCAGGCCCUGUUGCUAUUUCAGAUGUUGCACCUAGUGCUAGCAAUAACUCGCCCCCUUUAACAAAUAUCACACCUACCCAGAAACUUCCUACUCCUGUGAAUCAGGCAACUCUGAACCAAACACAAGGAAGUGAAAAAUUGUUGGUAUCUUCAGCUCCAACACAUCUGACUCCCAAUAUUAUUUUGUUAAAUCAGACACCACUUUCUACACCACCAAAUGUCAGUUCUUCACUUCCAAAUCAUAUGCCCUCUUCAAUCAAUUUACUUGUACAGAAUCAGCAGACACCAAACAGUGCUAUUUUAACAGGAAACAAGGCCAAUGAAGAGGAGGAGGAGGAAAUAAUAGAUGAUGAUGAUGACACUAUUAGCUCCAGUCCUGACUCGGCCGUCAGUAAUACAUCUUUGGUCCCACAGGCUGAUACCUCCCAAAAUACCAGUUUUGAUGGAUCAUUAAUACAGAAGAUGCAGAUUCCUACACUUCUUCAAGAACCACUUUCCAAUUCCUUAAAAAUUUCAGAUAUAAUUACUAGAAAUACUAAUGAUCCAGGCUUAGGAUCGAAACAUCUAAUGGAGGGUCAGAAGAUCAUUACUUUAGAUACAGCUACUGAAAUUGAAGGCUUAUCGACUGGUUGCAAGGUUUAUGCAAAUAUCGGUGAAGAUACUUAUGAUAUAGUGAUCCCUGUCAAAGAUGACCCUGAUGAAGGGGAGGCCAGACUUGAGAAUGAAAUACCAAAAACGUCUGGCAGCGAGAUGGCAAACAAACGUAUGAAAGUAAAACAUGAUGAUCACUAUGAGUUAAUAGUAGAUGGAAGGGUCUAUUAUAUCUGUAUUGUAUGCAAAAGGUCAUAUGUCUGUCUGACAAGCUUGCGGAGACAUUUUAACAUUCAUUCUUGGGAGAAGAAGUAUCCGUGCCGUUACUGUGAGAAGGUAUUUCCUCUUGCAGAAUAUCGCACAAAGCAUGAAAUUCAUCACACAGGGGAGCGAAGGUAUCAGUGUUUGGCCUGUGGCAAAUCUUUCAUCAACUAUCAGUUUAUGUCUUCACAUAUAAAGUCAGUUCAUAGUCAAGAUCCUUCUGGGGACUCAAAGCUUUAUCGUUUACAUCCAUGCAGGUCUUUACAAAUCAGACAAUAUGCAUAUCUUUCUGAUAGAUCAAGCACUAUUCCUGCAAUGAAGGAUGAUGGUAUUGGGUAUAAGGUUGACACUGGAAAAGAACCUCCAGUAGGGACCACUACAUCUACUCAGAACAAGCCAAUGACCUGGGAAGAUAUUUUUAUUCAGCAGGAAAAUGAUUCAAUUUUUAAACAAAAUGUAACAGAUGGCAGUACUGAGUUUGAAUUUAUAAUACCAGAAUCUUACUAAACUCCUUUGAAGUACUAGAAAGUUUUGUUUUGGAUGAUGGGGCAGGGGUUUCAGAAGAUCUGUAAAACAAGGUGCGAACAAGUUAAUUUGAUCUGCCACAUUAUCUGAAGGAAGUGUAGUGGGAUUUUUGUUGAUAAUUUUUAGAAGCAAAUUUUCCUGAAAGUUUUGAGUAGAGGUGAGACCCCCUCCCCAAGUAUCUGUUUAUAUAGUUAGUUUUCAGCUCAUUUAAAAGAGGCAAAAAUUAAAAGCUUGGAGAGAUAGUUUCCUGAAUAGAAUUUGAAGCAGUCUGAAUGUUCUUUGAAAAUAACUGGAGUUAUUAGCAUACCCUAGUACAUCUUACAGCUUUCCCCUUCCAUGUUAGCACUUUACUGCUGAAUUCUCAAUUUUCUUAACAUUGAGACAAUAAAUGUGUGUUUUGUCUUGUAUAUGGCAUAAAGAGUAAAUAAGUUUUAGAGUUGUUCUGGAAAAUGUCAGAAUAAGUCUCUACUUGGGUUGUGUAAUCUGCUAGUCCAAGCGGACAGCAACCUCCUGCUACCCUCCCUCUAUGAAAAUAGCCAUGCAGACAAGUUUCUCAUCUGAAGAACAAAUUAGAUUUAGCUAAUUAGAAUUAAUCCUGGCUUUCAUUGCCAUAGUCUGUAAAAGACUUUGGUGGCUAGACCACUUUAUACCUUUGCAGUGUGGUCUCUGGGGGCAAAAAACUAAAGAAAAAAAAUCUCUGUAAUGGCAGAUAGGAGGAGAUGAAAAGUUCUGUUGCAUGUAUUUUUAAUUCUCUGGCUACCACAUAGUAGAGAAUGGAAUGAAGAUUUCCUUUUUGCUUCUUAAGGUUAAAAAUAUUCCCAUGAAAAUUUUCAAAUUUUGAAUCUGAAAGCCACCAAAUGAAUCUUUAUGUAUAAAUCCUUGUAAAUGAUAGAUUCCAUGGGUGAGACUUUACAUAUUUUGGGUGGGAGGCUACUGGCAUAUAUUUUUAAAUGUUCAUAUUGCGUAGAAUCUCCAAUAGGAAGUCUUUGAAAUAGUUGAAUCAAUGAUCUGGUAUUUUCCUUUCGGCAAGAUUUGUUAGGUUUUUACCCCUUCUAAAAUAAGUGUUAUUCCAUCUGCAAAUUGCUGCAAUAUUAUAGUAAUCAGAAACUACAUAAGGAAUGUUAUAUAGGCUUGUCAGUUCCCAUUUUUCUUGACAACAAUAAAUACCACUUCUUUUUAAAAUGACACGUAUUUAAACACUUAGAAAAUAAAGUUAACACUUACUGAAGUGCUAGUACUAAACUGUGCUAGUACUAAAAGAAAACAGGUUGGAACAUGCAUAUAGCCUAGCAUUUAUAACAGAAUUGUUGAACGUCUGUAAAUGAUUUUUUUUUUUUUUUUGCAAAGGAAAAAAUUGAUACUGGAAAAGAUUGUUGUGCAUAGUUAUUAGUCAUUUGUAACCUUGCUUAAGUAUUUCUUAGUCCAACAUAGAUAUUUUCUUUCUCCUUACCAUGUAUUUUUAAAAAUAGUCUAUUUCUUGACUUUGAACUUAAAGCUUUAAUCAUAAUUUCUCAUGUAUACAUCAUUCUUCUGAUGGUAAGCUGGAUUUGAAGGUAGUGGUUUCAGUGUUUCUUAAGUUGGUAGCUGAGGGUAUCAGGCAUCAGUUCAUGCAGUAAUACAAGAAAAAAAAUCCUUUGCUUGCCAAGAGGUAGAGUGAUGUGCAUUUAUCUGUUUUCUGUAAGUCUAGACCUUCAAACCAUUUGUAAACUAACCCCUGGGAAAUUUGAAAUGACCUUAUAACUUAAGACUGUGAUCUCUGGAAUCACCAUAUCUGUUUCUUUUUUGUGUAGAUAUUAAUAACAUUACUCUUUGACUAUAGUGUGCACUCUGAAAUGUUCUCAGUGAAAAUUUGAGUUUCAUUAAUGCUGUUUCACCAGUUAGACAUAAUUACUUCUACCAAUGUGAAUGAUACGGAUGCCGGCAGAGCUUCCAGAUCUUUCAGACUCAACUGCUAGGUCAAUUAGUUUGUCAUAAUAAAACUUGGCAGUUUCUACAAGUCUAUUAUGACAAACCAGGAACUAAUUCUAUAAUGGAAAACUAUCCAUUCUGAAUAAUAGGGAUGUAAUUAUUUGCUGCUGCUGUGCUCUGUAAAUUCUGAAUAUGACAUUUAAACUCUGUGCCUACUAAAGGUAUCUUCUGGAGUUUUUUGGGAGGAGAGAAACUGGAAAAUUAAAUUGUAUUUUUGCCAGAAGACUCUUACUUGCAUGUGUCUCAGGGUCUUCAGUUUUUCUAUAAGUUUCCAUAUCCAAAGUUCAGAGUUCAUGUGAAAUACUUCUUUGGGGCAAAAGUCCUUCAUUCCUGGUAUUUAUUGGAUUGGAAAUCUGUAGCAAGAUGCUGUUUAAAAUUACCAUGUGGUUUUUCUAUCUUAUACUUAGCUGUCUGGCUAUUGAACUUCCUUUUCUUGUUUGAAGUUAGCUUCAAAUUUGCUCCUAUGCUAAAUUACCUGUAAAUAUUCUGGAUAGGAACUACUUGAAAUAGUAAUUUGUUAAAAGAUAUGACAAAAUGAAAAUGCUUAAACUAUAGAAAUUUUAAAAUGCCAUAACAAUCUUGCAAGACUAACUUUAAAAUAUACUUUAAAUGAUUAUUAUGAUUUUGGUGGUAACGAUCCCCCACACACAACCACUAUGAAGAAAUAAUGCCACAUUUUUCCCCAUUGUACCAAAAAGAUAAAAAAAUGGUAAACACUGAUCAAGGUAUUUUGUAUUGUCAAGGCAUGCAUAUUAUAAAGAAUUAAAUGCUAACUUAACAGCACUGGCUUUCUGGCUGGUCAACCAUAUGAAACCUUGUUCAUUCCUCCGAGUACUGUAAUGUUCACACUUGUACAAUCUUCUCUGUCAUGACUUUAAGUUCUACUUUUCAUUAACCAUGGCCUGAUAUUAGUUCUUAGAGCUUCUUGUGGCAAAAAUAAAAUGAUUUAAUUCUGA